UAAAAGGGAAUACUCCAUCGCCUCAUAAUAUUCAAUUUUCUCAAUUUUCGCGGUAAUGCCCUCUUCUCUUCUCCCCCUUCUUCUAAAACUCUCUCUCUUUCUCUAAAGAUCUGAGAAACAAGUUUAGGGAAAUAGAGACUGAUUUCCAUGGCGACAAGGAAAUCCCGAAGUAUAAACAAUAAACGGUUUGGUAAGCUUAAUGAGGAGUCUCCGGAUAAAGAUGGAGGCAGUGGAGGGAACAAAAGUAGACAAAGGAAGAGGAAACUAACUGACAUGUUAGGACCCCAGUGGAGCAAGGAAGAGCUUAAACGCUUCUAUGAAGCAUAUCGGAAGUAUGAGAAAGACUGGAAAAAGGUAGCUGGUGUGGUGCGUAACAGAUCCACGGAAAUGGUGGAGGCUCUGUACCAUAUGAACAGGGCGUACUUGUCUCUUCCAGAGGGGACGGCAUCAGUAGCUGGGCUAAUAGCAAUGAUGACUGACCAUUACUGCAUUCUGGAUGGGAGUGAAAGUGACCGAGAAAGUGAUGAUGCCCCAGGGGUAUCUCAAAAGCUGGCAAAGCGUGCUCGCGGAAAAUAUCAUGUUAAUGGCUCAAGAGGAACGGAUGCGGACGUUCCUGAUUUGCUGAAGUUUCCACCACUUUCUUCAAACAAUGGGUGUUUUUCUGUGAAGAAGAAGCGCACUAAUGGCGGUCGACGUGCUGUUGGGAAAAGAACACCUCGCUAUCCUGUUUCUCAUGAACGCGAAAAGUUUGUUACACCCAAUAAACGGGGUCUAAAGUCGGAUUUAGAUGCGCAUGAUGAAGAAGUUGCCCAUGGGGCAGCAUUAACACUGGCAGAGGCUUUGCAAAGAGGGGGUUCUCCUCAAGUUUCUCAUACACCUAAGAGAAGAUCUGAACACCUUAGACCCUCGUCUUCUCGGAAAAGUGAACGGAGGAGGCAACUUGAUUGGGACAAGAGUAGCACUAAGCAUCGCGGUAUAACUGAUGAGAACUAUUUAGAGGAUAGCUUAGGGAGCAGGGAAGCUGAAAAUGGAGAUUUUUACCGAAAUUCUAGCUACAUGAUGGAUGCCAGGGGUGUUGGUACAGUGGGUGUUCAAAAAAAGGGAAAGAAAUCUCUUGGCAGAAAACCAAAGGAUAUUGAAAACUGCCAUCGUGAUGAAGAUAGGGAAGCAUGUAGUGGCACAGAAGAAGGGCUUAAUUUGAGUUAUGUCAAAGAACAGGCUGAAGAUGAGGUUACAGAUUCAAGAUAUGUACGACCUAGAAAGAAAAACAAAGAGUUAAAAGAAGAUGAAAAGCAAGCACUAGAUGGUCUAACCUUCUUGGCUAAUAUGUCUCUGGAGCUUGAGCCAGCAGCUGUGGAUGAAUCUGAGUCAUCAGUGCAGUUCAAGGAAGAAAGGGGAAGGGGAAGUCGUGGUAAUGUUGAUAACUUUAGCAGACAUGAAACCUUUUCGACAAUUCGUCAAAGGGAUAAAUCAAAUUUCUCAGGGGUUAAAGAGAAGUCUCUACGUGAGGUUGAGGUAACUACCUUGAGAAGUGCUAGAUCAAUUAAAGGCUCGAGUUUUGACGUUAAUUCUCUUACUGAAGAAAAGAAACCACCUUCACAGACUACCAUCAAAGGACAAAAACUAAAACGCAAACAUUUUGCAGCAAAAAUGCAGAGUCCAACAAAUGAAAGUCAUAGCGACUUGCUUCCAGAUGAACGCCAACAAAUCGAGGCCCUCGAAGAAAAUGUAAAGAAAUCUACUAUGAAAGCUAAACGUGUUGCUGCAGCUGCUGUUAUUUCUAAACAAGGGAAAUCAUUCAGACCUCCUGAACUUACUUCUUCAAGUACUGAUCUAGUUAGACCAGGGACUGAUGCAGCUUUAUCAACUGAACAAGUUCCCACUCCAAACCAGGUUUUCCUACCAACUAAGCAUGAAAGUAGACGUAAGAUGAAUCUACAGAAGUCAUUGAUCCGCAGGGUAUCCAACUUUUCUGAGGAUAUGGGUAGUAAGCAACCUGGUAAACAUACUUCUCAAGAUGGCACACUCGAUAUUAAGGAAAAGCUUUCUCGUUGCCUGUCAUCUCCGAUGUUACGUAGAUGGUGUGCUUUUGAAUGGUUUUACAGUGCUAUUGACUACCCUUGGUUUGCUAAAAAGGAGUUUGUAGAGUACCUAAAUCAUGUGGGAUUGGGCCAUGUUCCAAGGUUAACUCGAGUUGAGUGGGGUGUAAUAAGGAGCUCACUUGGCAAGCCUCGAAGGUUAUCACAACAAUUCUUACGUGAAGAAAAGGAGAAACUUGAGCAGUACCGAGAAUCUGUUAGAACACAUUAUACCGAAUUGCGUAAUGGUACAAGGGAUGGACUUCCUACAGAUUUGGCCCGACCUUUGUCAGUUGGACAGCGUGUUAUUGCAUGUCAUCCCAGGACAAGAGAAUUUCAUGAUGGAAGUGUAUUAACAGUCGAUCGUAAUAGGUGUCGAAUUCAGUUUGACCGGCCUGAGUUAGGAGUUGAGUUUGUUAUGGAUAUUGACUGCAUGCCUCUAAAUGCAUUUGAAAAUAUGCCUGAGGCACUUAGAAGGCAGAAUAUUGCUGCUGGUAGAUUGUCUGAGAACUUAAGUGAUCCUAAGUUGAAUAAUCAAUCCAAAGAUAGGACAACUGGAGGUUACAAGAGCAUUGCCCCAAGUGCGAAGCUGGAGACAGCAGACGUUUCAUCCCAAUUAACGUCACCAAUUUAUCCUAUGAACACUUUGAUAAAGAAAGCAGAGGGAGAUACGAUCAGUGACAUUGCUGAAGCUAAAGCUGCAGCAAAUGAACUGAAGGCUGCAUAUAUUCAACCAUGUACUCUGGCUCAGAUACAAGCAAGGGAAGCUGAUAUCCGAGCUCUUUCAGAGUUGAGUCGGGCUCUGGAGAAAAAGGAAGCAUUGGUGUCGGAGCUUAGUCGUAUGAACGACGAAGUACAGGAAAAUCAAAUAAAUGGAGACAACUCUCUGAAGGAUCACGAUCCUUUUAAAAAACAAUAUGCCACGGUACUCAUACAGCUCAAGGAAGCCAAUGAUCAGGUUUCCUCUGCUCUUAUAUAUUUGAGAAAACGCAACACCUACCAAGGAAACUCCCCACCUUGGCAAACGUCAAAGCCAGGUUCAGGUGUGCCUGUUGGGCCAUUCAAUUCUAUUGAUGCCUCAGCUUUUCUCCCUCAAGAAGCAGCAUCGCACGUGGUUGGAAUUCUGGAAAGCUCGAGAGUGAAAGCGCAAACAAUGGUAGACGUAGCUGUGCAGGCACUAUUAUCUUGUAAAGACGGAGAAGAUGCUUUUGGAAGCAUUGGAGACGCUUUAGAUUCUGCAAGUACUCAUCAGAAUGGAACAGAAGUGAGAUCCUUCACUUCAACAGAUCUGAUAAAUGGUGGCAGUUUUCAUUAUCAAGAUGCUGCUACAAAUUCUCACAUAUCAAAGCCAGUAAUGGCAGUUUAUUCAAAUGGUACGAAGCAGAACAACUCUACAUUUGAUGCCAAUGAAGUACAAAUCCCGAAGGACCUUAUUUCCUCUUGCCUGGCCACUUUACUCAUGGUUCAGACAUGUACGGAGAGACAAUAUCCACCAGCUGAAGUGGCUCAGAUUCUAGACUCCGCCUUUACAAGUUUGCAUCCUUGUUGUUCUCAAAACCUUCCGAUUUAUCAAGAGAUUCGGUUGUGCAUGGGUCUAGUCAAGAACCAAAUAUUGGCGCUUAUACCAACCUAGAGAAGAUUAAAAGGUUUCUCUCACCUAAUCCAAGAGUUGUCUGUUGUGUAAAUAUCCAUUAGCAGGGUAGUAAUGGAAGUAUAAAACUGAAUCCUUUCAGGGUUUUUUUUUUCUUCGUUUUUUCUUAAUGUUUUACUUGAGCAAUUGCUGCCUUCUUUAUUUUUUUGUUUUCAUUCUCUUGUAUGCUGCCCUCCGGCUAGCAAGGAUUGGGAACAAAGGAUAAUGCUAAUAAUAAAGCAGCCACUUUCACGGUUACCCAA